CUUCAGUAUUAACUGUGCUGUGGUGAGGGGAGGAUCGCUGCUCACUCCGCUCCUCCAUUAUUGACAGACCAUUUAGUCUAAAAAAAGUUCUUCGAUCAGAAAUUCGGGCGCGAACACCACAUCGGAAGGUGAAAAAUUGUGUAGAGAAGCGCAAAUCAGGAAGUGAAGAGGCUGAUCAGGAAGUGGAGAACGAAGGGAAAGCUAGUGGUGAGGGAGUAUGAUUUCUAGGAAGAGUAGGGAGGACAACAGGAACGAUUAAAGUAGAUUUAAGUGGGGCAGGUGGUAUAGCGACUGGAAGAGUAAGUACCAACAGUAGGAAGAGGAAAAGAAACAAGAACGGAUGAGUAGGAGGCUGGAGAGAAGGAAGUGAAACAGUUCAGUUUAUGAAGCAGCACAAGCAGCAGCAGCAGCAGUAGCAGAAGCAGCAGUAGCAGGAGGACCCUAGAACACUAUGCAUGCUAACGAGGCCUACGUGCACGAUGAAGACACCAAGCCUCCCAUCCAACAGGAGGUAACAUCAGCUGAGGGUACAGAUGUCUCGACCCCCACCACAGAUAAUGGCAUCGCUCUGUCAGUCCCUAAACAGGAUGAGGUGACUCUGGAAAAUGCCACACGACCAACAGGACCAAACUCAACUCAACCAGACCAACCAACAUUAAAUAAUGUAGUAGUAGUUCCUGUCUCAACAUAUUCUGAGGAACUACCGUCCACACAGCCGCAAAUAUCACAGAACGAACUCGUGUAUACAGUAGAUGAUGUUCCUCCCUGGUAUAUGUGUAUUUUCUUGGGUCUACAGCAUUACUUGACCAUGGUGGGCGGCACCAUCACCAUUCCCUUCAUCCUCACACCACUCAUGUGCAUCGAUGACAAUGAUCCUGUCAGGGGGAAGAUAGUGUCAACCAUCAUCUUCGUGUCCGGCAUGAUUACACUCCUUCAAGCCACCUUCGGUGUUAGGUUGCCCAUAGUUCAAGGUGGGACAUUCAGCUUCCUGGUGCCCACUAUUGCCAUUCUUACUACCACUUUUGAUACCUGUGACCUCCUGCCCUUGGCCAACAUGACGGCCCCUGAACGGGAAGAAGUUUGGCAGGAACGGAUGCGGGAAGUCCAAGGCGCUAUUGUAGUCUCUGCGCUCUUUCAAGUCCUUGUUGGAUUCACAGGUGUAAUUGGUAUCUUGCUGAAGUGGAUCACACCUCUGACUAUCGUCCCUACUGUGACACUGGUAGGACUGUCGCUCUUUGACGUGGCAGCAAACAAAGCCUCGCUCCACUGGGGGAUCUCCUUCAUGACCAUAGCCUUGAUAAUAAUCUUCUCACAGUAUAUGAUGAACGUUCCCUUCCCAUUUCCCACCUACUCCAAGAGUGUUGGUUUUGGUGUUUCCAAAAUCCAAAUCUUCAAGCUUUUCCCGGUAUUGCUGGCAAUCAUAUUCUCAUGGGGAUUUUGUGCCAUCCUUACAACUGCUGGGGUGUUUCCUGCAGGUAACAAGGCCAGGACUGACUUGACUACAGAGCUUCUUGGUGGUUCCCCAUGGUUCAGAAUUCCCUAUCCAUGUCAAUGGGGGCUGCCAACAGUGUCAAUAUCUGGAGUGUUUGGUAUGGUGGCAGGUGUUCUCGCCUCCAUGGUAGAGAGCGUUGGUGACUACUACGCAUGUGCCAGAAUUGCAGGUGCUCCACCUCCUCCUCUCCAUGCUAUUAACCGAGGCAUUGGCAUUGAGGGCAUUGGAUGCAUUAUAGCAGGCCUUUGGGGCACUGGCAAUGGCACGACCUCCUACUCUGAGAACAUCGGUGCCAUUGGAGUUACAAAGGUUGGUAGUCGACGUGUUGUGCAGUUUGGGGCACUGAUCAUGCUGGUGUUCGGGAUGCUGGGCAAAUUUGGGGCAUUGUUUGUGACCAUUCCUGAGCCAGUAAUUGGUGGCGUAUUCUGUGUCAUGUUCUCGAUGAUCACUGCUGUUGGCAUCUCCACCCUCCAGUACAUUAACCUAAACUCCUCCAGGAACCUCUUCAUAAUAGGCUUCUCCAUCUUCCUCGGCCUGGCACUUCCCAAGUGGAUGGAGGCAAAUCCUGGCAUGAUCCAGACUGGGGAGCCCAGUGUAAACCAGAUCCUAACAGUGCUGCUGCAGACUUCAAUGUUUGUGGGUGGACUUUUAGGUAUAUUACUUGACAACACUAUACCAGGUACUCAUGAAGAGCGGGGCCUGCUGAAGUGGAAUGCUCAUCUGCAAGACUCUGCUAAAGAUGAGGAAGGGUCCCAUAUUCAACAGUCUAGGUGUUAUGAUAUCCCUGUGGGCAUGGAUGCUCUCAGAAAAUGGUCAUGGUCUAAGCAGAUUCCCAUUUGUCCUACCUUCACCGGCUUUGGAAGAUAGGAUAACAUACUAUACCAAAGAAUCUGAUGUAAUAAAACACCAGAAAACUCAUGUGAUAUAUCUUGCAUCGGUAUGUCCCAUAACUCGGUAGCGCACUCAGCUCGCACAUUGAGGUCCGUGGUUCGAUCCCCGGUAUGGAUGGAAACAUUGGCAGUGUGUUUUCUUAAGACGCCUACUGUCCCUGUUCACUUAGUAAAUAGAUACCUGGGUGUUAGCUGACUAGUGUGGGUUGCAUCCUGAUUUGCCUGAAAUACUUUGCAUAACAAGGGGAUUUCUAUCUAGUAUGUCACUGAUGUAAGUUAGGGCUGUAUAAGUUGUAUUAUGUACUUGUAGAAAGAAAGAUUAUUUAUUUUCACUGAAUGAUGAUAUUCAAUGAUGUACUGUACUCUGAUAACCUGUUUAUUAAAAUCAUAACGAAGUGCUAAACUCAAAUGUCAUGGAGCGCUGCAUAACCUGCUUGAGAAUUGCAUUAGUGACAUACAUACAAUAAUGCAUAAACAAUUGAUGAUAUUUAUUUAUGUUCUUUUAUUCAAAAGGGUUAAUGGAGAAAGCAGCCUAAGAAAGAUUGUAAGAAAUGCCUGCGACAUCAAUAAAAAAAAUUACAGCACUAUACAGUAUAUGCAGUAUUUUCUGAGUGGACAAAUGUGGAUAAGGCAACAAGCAAUCCUAAUGAGGAAGCUACUAAAGUGAGGUUCCACAGGGAGUAGAACUAAUUCUAGUAAUAUUUAACCUGAUGCAGAGUAUCUUUUAACAAAAUUGCAGGGCAUUCAGUAGCAUGCUGUGUGUGAAACUCAUCCUCCAGAAAAAUGACCCCUCAAUAUUCUUUGAUGCUGAAGGGCUUGAUUCAAGGAAUUGUACUUGGUGUCCCCUUCCUUGAGUUUAUAAUAAAAAUACGGAAAAAUGGACACACACAUGACCUCGUGAUGUUGCCCAACUCCUCAUCUCUCACCUGCUGUGACUAACAGUUUAGUAAAGGCUUGCCUUGUCUUUAUUUUACCUCAUUUGUGGGCAGUUCGCCUACAGUACUAAUAAUCACUAUCUUUAAAAUUGCCUGAGAUAUAUGUUAAAUAAUAUGAACUUUGCAAAAGUUACUUAUAACAUGCACUGUAGUCUAUUUUUUUAAUAAAUUUGAUACAUGUCA